AUGAGGGGAAGCCAACACAACGAUCCCUUUAUAGCAGCAGACACUGCAGCAGCAGCAGCAGCAGCAGCAGCAGCAACAGCAGCAGCAGCAACAGAUGCAGCUGCAGCAGAAGCAACAGAAGCAGCAGCAGCAGCAGCAACAGCAGCAACAGAUGCAACAGAAGCAACAGAAGCAGCAGCAACAACAGCAGCAACAGCAAAAGAAACAGCAACGAAUGGAACAGCAGCAGAAGCAACAGAAGCAGCAGCAGCAGCAACAACAACAACAACAGCAGCAGCAGCAGCAGCAGGAGAGGACGCCAGCAGCAACUCUGCUGCUGAUUCUCAUUGCUGCUGCAACAAACGAAUCAAUAGAAACAAAGAACAACAACAAAACAAAACAAAAAAACAAACAAACAAAACAAAAUUAUUAUAA